AUGAAAAAAUGUGACAUUUUUUUCUUAUAUUUAAUUUUUUUCGUUCUAAUCACCAUCAAAUGUUGCCAACCAUUUAUAAUUCCAAACAACACAAAAAUGGUAAAUGGUCCACUUUUGAAGAACUGCUGCAGGAGCAAGCGAAUUGUAACAAUUUUUGGGAAAAAGAAAAAAAACAGGAAAGUUGUUGUCAUAGAAUGCACUGAAGCGAGGAAAUACGGGAAACAGCCGUCAAGAUAUGUAACAGAGAAAAAUAAAGUAAACACACCGAAGAAAUUGCAGUUGUACAAGUAUAAUAAAUAUCUUAAAAGAAGAACAUUACACGUAGAAAUUAAGUAA